AUGAAGAUAUAUUACAUCGGUAUAUUCCGUAACGAUGGGGAUGGGAAAGCCCUUGAAUUGACUGAAGUGAAGGACUUGUCACAAUUCAGCUUCUUUCAAAGAAGUAGUGUUGGUGAAUUCAUGACAUUCUUCUCAGCCACAGUGGCAGGUAGAACGUCAUCUGGCCAAAGGCAAAGUAUAGAGGAAGGAGAGAACUAUAUUGCACAUGUGUAUGCCAGGUCCGAAGGGCUCUGUUCCGUUCUAGUCACUGACAAAGAAUAUCCAGUUAGACCAGCAUACACUCUAUUAAACAAAAUAUCUGAUGAAUAUUUGGUGGCACACCCACCAGCUACUUGGGAGAAAGUUGAGGCCACAAAUGAUUCUUUAAAGAUGAAGGAACUGGAGUCAUACAUCAUUAAAUACCAAGAUCCAUCACAGGCUGAUGCAAUCAUGAAAGUUCAACAAGAACUUGAUGAGACAAAGAUUGUUUUGCAUAAGACUAUAGAGAAUGUUCUACAAAGGGGUGAAAAAUUAGAUAAUUUGGUGGACAAAUCUGAAUCACUAACUGCAAGUUCCAAAAUGUUCUAUAAGCAAGCAAAGAAGUCAAAUUCUUGUUGUAUCAUUAUGUGA